CGCCCACGGGGCUUUGAAAAGCGAGCCGCGGAGGCUGCUCUCUCUCCAGUGGCUCCGGCGGAGAUUCUCAGCCAGCCAGGCUGCUGCCUGCGAGCCUGCUGCCCGCCCCCUCUCUGCCUGCCUGCCUGCCUCCUCCUUCUCUCCCUCCCUCCCCGCGUCCUCCCUCCUCUCCUUUCGCUCCUUGCCUGGGCUGACUUGGGCGGCGCGCAGGCUGGCGCGGCUCCGGGCUCGGCCGCCCAUGUGUACUGCUGCUGCGCUCGUUGCCCCGACUCUGGCACCAUGGCCAGCGCGCCCCACGACCCCUUCUACUCCUCGCCCUUCGGACCCUUCUACCGCCGGCACGCGCCCUACAUGGUGCAGCCCGAGUACCGCCUCUACGAGAUGAACAAGCGGCUGCAGGCGCGCUCCGAGGACAGUGAUAACCUCUGGUGGGAUGCUUUUGCAACAGAAUUUUUUGAAGACGAUGCAACCCUAACCCUUUCAUUUUGUUUGGAAGAUGGACCAAAGCGAUACACAAUUGGAAGAACCCUCAUUCCUCGUUAUUUUAGCACUGUCUUUGAAGGAGGGGUGACAGACCUGUAUUACAUCCUCAAGCACUCAAAAGAAUCAUACCACAACUCCUCCAUCACAGUGGAUUGUGAUCAAUGCACCAUGGUCACUCAGCACGGAAAGCCUAUGUUUACAAAGGUGUGUACAGAAGGACGUCUCAUCUUGGAAUUCACCUUUGAUGACCUUAUGAGAAUAAAAACAUGGCACUUUACCAUUAGACAAUACAGAGAAUUAGUCCCCCGCAGUAUUUUAGCCAUGCAUGCACAAGACCCUCAGGUGCUGGAGCAGCUGUCCAAAAACAUCACUCGUAUGGGUCUGACUAAUUUCACCCUCAACUACCUCAGGUUGUGUGUAAUAUUGGAGCCAAUGCAAGAAUUGAUGUCAAGGCAUAAAACAUAUAAUUUAAGUCCUCGAGAUUGUCUGAAAACAUGUUUGUUUCAAAAAUGGCAACGGAUGGUGGCACCUCCAGCAGAACCUACAAGACAGCCAACAACCAAACGGAGGAAAAGGAAAAACUCCACCAGCAGCACUUCCAAUAGCAGUGCCGGGAACAAUGCAAACAGCACCAACAGCAAGAAAAAAGCGGCAGCGGCAGCAGCAGCAGCAAACCUGAGUCUUUCAAGUCAGGUACCUGAUGUGAUGGUAGUCGGGGAACCAACUCUGAUGGGUGGAGAAUUUGGUGACGAAGAUGAACGGCUCAUCACAAGGCUAGAAAACACGCAGUAUGAUGCAGCCAAUGGCAUGGACGAUGAUGAAGACUUCAACAAUUCACCUGCACUGGGCAACAACAGCCCUUGGAACAGUAAACCUCCUGCAAACCAGGAGACGAAGUCGGAAAAUCCAGCACCACAAGCUUCCCAAUAAAAUAUCUGAAGCUGCAUCUACUGUCGCUUUAACAACAGGUUGCAAUUCCUUUCUCCCAGCAUUCUUUACACACUCAGAAAAAAAAACCUCCCAGUUUUCCCACAGAUACAGAACCUAUUUCUAGAUGUACAGCUAUCUUUUUUUAAGUUAGAAAAAUAAUUUAUACGCUUCCAGAUGGUUAUCUUGGGAGCCCUUGCACAUGACAUGAUACUGGCAUUGACCUCAGUGAAAAAAAAAACCUGAACAUAUGAGUAGCACCUCAUGACAAUUUCUUACUGCUAACAUUUAAAUAGAAGGGUUUUCCCUGCCCCCCGCCCCCCAUUACUAUGAUCUCCCUUAUCCCAUGAACGGCCAUAUCAGCCCAUCAGUGCUCAGGAUCUACUGAAAAAUUAUUUUUAAAAUCAUGGUGAAUGAAACACAUCCUAUUUGUUUAUGUUUGUUUGGAAUUUUCUGCUCUAAAGGGGGGUUAAAAUCACCAGAUCUUUUCAAUUUUAAGCAAUGCAUUUUUUUUCUGGGUAGGGUUGGAGUGGGAAUUAGAUGGUAUCAAAAAAGGAGAAAAUUUCCAUAGCUUCCAGGAAGGCGUUUACUAUGAAGAAAAGGUUAGGGUAACUAUCAAAGAUGUCUAUGGGAAGAAUGUUUCAGUAGAAGCAAGUACUAAUAUAUGUCUCAUGAAAUGAACCAAUAAGAGCUUUAAUGAACAAUCAGAUAUUACAAAUUCCAAUACAGUCAGCCCUUUAAAUACACUGAGGUUAGAGGGGAAGGGGGGGGUAUCAGAUGAAAAACCAUGUUUUUCAUCUGACAGAAUCUCUCUAGGAAUGUGACAGCAUGGUCAACUUCUGCUAGACAUUAACCAUAGAAUCAUGCUGGAGGACUUAUAAAUGCCUGGAGAAAUGUUCACUUUAGCAAUCUCUAGGUCCAGCAGCAUAACAUAUUUAACUUCUGGAAAUAAAGUUCACCAUAGAGUUGUACUGGAGGCUCUAGAGCAGUGGUUCCCAACCUGUGGUCUGUGGACCACCAGUAGUACCAAAAAACUAAAAUAUGGUCCACUGCCUCACAAUUACUACACCAUUGCAACGAGAGUGACUGGUGUUGUGAAACCCUCUUAUAGGAGAUGUCAGGAGGGGAGAGGCUGACUACUUACAAAAAGGGCAACAACAAGCCUCCUGACUGCUGCUCCUCCUCCUCCUCCCUUCCCCUAUGCAACACCUGGAAGCAGGUGCGCCUUGGUGUCUGCAUUUUUAGGCUUGUUCCUGGGGUUAUUUGGGAUGCUGAUUCAGAAAAUUGCAUUGGAUAGACCACAUCAGCUCUAGAUUGUUAAAUACGGUGUUUUGUGAGCAAGCAGAUAGCAACUACUGAAAGGCAUAUGUUCUGUAUCAGAUAUUAGAGCUGAUGUGGUCUAUCAAUGCAAUUUUCUGAAUCAGCACCCCAAAUAACCAAACUGAAUCUAAAGUCGACCAAAAACUGAUUCAUAACCCUUUUGAUACUUAUGUUGGAGAGUGGUCCCUGGUCAAAGUGGUCCCUGUUCAAGUGGUCCCUGGUCAAAAAAAGGUUGGGAACCACUGAUCUAGAUAUUCCUAAAGAGAACAUAUUAAUUAAAUCCAAAAAAGUCAAACAACAAAUGUAGAAGGCCAACUGUUUUGUUGUUGUUGUUUAUUAAGUCUUAAAAAAAAUUUAAUGCUUUAAAGUCCCAAUGAGAUGGAGUUAUUAGGGUUCUGGUUCAGUGGAGUGAGUCCAGAGCUGCCGAAGGAACCUGUGGUGCUGCUUUAAAUCAUGAAGCCAAUUGUAAGAGAAAGGUAGGAUUCAGUCUAGCCCUUCACUGUCCCUUCCAAAGAUGGCUGAUUUCAGAUACUUUAAAAGGGAGCAUGCUGUAUUCUUGACUACUGGAUUAGGAAGGGGAAUCUUUUUGGGUUACAAAUACAAAACAUUCAUUGCAGGACCUGUGGCUCCUAAUUUUUGAGGCUUUUUGAGGCCCAAUCCACUAAGUUACAUUGCUUUGCUUUUUAGUUGACUGUUCUCUAACCCAAGUUGAGGUUAUCUCUUGUUUUGCUUCCUCCAGUUAUUGGUGCUGCCUACCAUUGUUCUUCUUCUACUUCUAGCCAUUUCAAGGGUCCACUGCUUUAGCCCUGGCAUUGUAACUGAUUCUGAUUAAUAGUUUUCCAAAAGCACUGAGACAGCUAAUGUCUUUUUCUUUCAUCAAACAUAAUGAAUAUUUUUAUGUGAAGAAAGACAUUCAUUCCCUAUGAGAGUUUACGCUUUGUAAAGUUGCUGUUGAUCUGCAUUUUGAAAGCCAUGUAAUCCAUUAAUCCUGUGAGCAGUUUAAACAAAGACUAUUUUUGUGUUUUUAUUGUCUUUUGUUGUUUGUUUUCACACUAUAUUUCUUGUAUAAUACUUUUGUAAAGCCCUCCAAACUAAUUAUUUUUUUUUAUUCCAGUAUAUUUAUGUGAAACUUUAUAAAAGAAACUAAUUUUUUUCAUUUACAUAUUAAUAUGUUCAGCCCAUCAUGUAAAAGAAGAAAUACAGUAAGUCGGUGUGUUAUAUGAUACAACUGUAUUUUAUGUAUGCUUUGCCAAUACGUGUGCCAAUAAACUGUAUUAGCAAAACCCUUUCGUAUAUUCUUUUCCAACAGAUAAAAUAUAUAACAGAAAGAGAUUACCAAAAUAUAAUACUGGGCUGAUACCUUUUUAAAAAAAUAAAUAAACAAACAUUUCUUCUGAUUAUAGUGGGUCUGCCAUAUCCACAGACUCACAGACUAUGUCAGUAAUUCCCAGCCUGUGGUUUGUGGACCACCAGAGGUCCCCAAGAAUUAAGAUAUGGUCCGCGUUCUCACCGUGGCUACACCAUUGCAACGAGAGUGACUAGUCUUGCAAAAGCCUUUUAUAAUGCUGAGGCAACGAGAUUGUUGUGAGGGGAGAGGCUGGCUACCCACAAAAGGUGCAACAACAAGCCCCUGACUGCUUCUUCUCCUCCUCCUCCCUCCCCCUGAGUGGAGCCGUUCCAUGUGGAGCCUGGAAGCAGGGGAGCCUUGGUGUCUGUUUUUAGGCCUGUUCCUUGGGUUAUUUGUGGUGCUGAUUCAGAAAAUUGCAUUGGAUAGACCACAUCAGUUCUAGAUUAUUUAAUAUAAUCUGAUACUUCUCAACCUUACCGCAGCAUUUGACACCGUUGACUACGAUCUAAUGAUUCACCGUCUUGCCAUGUCUGAAGUUCGCGGUCAGGCCCUCAGUUGGUUCAACUCAUUUCUCUGAAACCAGAGCCAAUGCUUGGAGUAUAUGGAUCAAAUCUCGGAAAGAUCUUCCCUCCUAUGUGGGGUACCCCAAGGUGCAAUUCUCUCCCCUCUUCUCUUCAACAUCUACAUUAGACCCCUUGCUAGUUUGGCUCGGAGUUUCGGCCUAGACUGCUAUCAAUAUGCGGACGACACCCAACUCUUUCUGUGCUUGGAGCCUGGAGCAACGUCAAUACCAGACAAUUUCACCUUAUGUCUGGAGGCUCUGUCGAACUGGCUACGUGCUAGUAGACUGAAGGUGAACCCGGCGAAGACUAAGAUUCUCUGGCAUGGCCGCUCGAUUGGUCUGACCCAUUUGCUACCCACCUUCGAUGGUGCUGCCCUAUCUCCUUCGCCUACCGUUAAGAGCUUGGGUGUCGUCUUGGAUUCGCAGCUGACAAUGGAAGCUCAGGUCGCUGCUGCUAGCAAACAGGCCUUUUUCCAUCUAUGACAAGCGAGGCAAUUGGCACCCUAUCUAUCUGAUGAGGCUCUGGCAACAGUCAUCCAUGCCACGGUCACGUCUAGGCUGGACUAUUGCAACGCCCUGUAUGUUGGCCUUCCGAUGUCUACUACCCGAAAGCUCCGUAUUGUUCAGAAUGCGGCAGCCAGGCUACUCACAAGAACACCCAUGAAAUGCCACAUAACACCAGUCCUGCAGCAUUUGCAUUGGCUUCCAACUGAUUACCGUGGUUUAUAUAAGAUGCUAGUUCUGACCUUUAAAAUUCUUUACGGCCAGGGCCCAUCGUACCUUAGGGAUCGUCUCUCCUUCUCCCAUCAUCGGAGGUCACAACGACCAUCCCAACGCGACUUACUUUAUAUACCGGGUCCUAGAGAAGUGCACUUGGAAAGGACCAGACACAGAGCUUUUACUAUUUCUGCCCCUGCUGUAUGGAAUGCCUUGCCACCCUAUAUGAGAGCCAUGCGUGAGUUAGGGCCUUUUACCCUAGCACUCAAGACCUGGCUCUUUACUAGAGCUUUUGAUCUAGGUUAAUUUUAUCAAUAUUUGUAUGUAUGUUUUUAUCCUUUACAAUUUUAUCUUGUAAAUCGCCUAGAGCAUCUUAGAUGGAGGGCGAUUAAUAAGUAAUUAGAUGAUGAUGAUGAUGGUGAUGGUGAUGAUGAUGAUGAUGAAUAUAGUUUUCUGUGGGUGUCCAGAUGGCAACUACAGGAUGGCAUAUGUUCUAUAUCAGAAACUAGAGCUGAUGUGGUCUAUUCCAUGCAAUUUUCUGAAUCAGCACCCCAAAUAACCAAACCAAAUCUGAAGUUGACCAAAAACUGAUUCAUAACCCUUUUGGUACUAAUGUUGGAGAGUGGUCCCUAGUCAAAGUGGGCCCUGGUCAAAAAAAGGUUGGGAACCAUUGAUCUAUGUAUUCAACCCACCACAGAUUCAAAUGCACUCUUGAAUCUGCAGUGGAAAGCACACCAGCCAUCUGCUUUUGCUUUCAAGUGUUCUUUCACAGGGCAUAGACUGAAGGGGCUUGUCACCAGCACCUCUGCAAGGCAAAGCUUAUAUGUCCCUAUUCAAAAUGGCAUAGACUAGCUGUGGAGAUGGUUGAAGCCCUGGCUGUCAAGUGUGUCACAAGGCUUUCCCAUUUCUGGGGAGCUGACCAGCCACUUUCUUCUGUGAUCAUCAUUUAUUGCACCUUGGAUGUAGAAGUAUAUAGCUAUCUUUUUACCAGAAGUACGGGACCCUGAAUAUGCUCACAUAUGACUUCCAUCAGAUGGGCCUUUUUUCAAUGGCAUAGGCCGGUUCAGCGAUGAUUUAGCCACAAAGCCUUCUGCCUGCCAUCCCAUGAUAUAAUACUACUUCCAGCAGGGCUCCAUGGCUAAACUAUCACGGAACUGGCAUAUGCCACCACAGUUUUCCACAUUGCACAAGUAACAAUGGUGGCCGAUGCUUUCCCCAUAGGAUGAGGUUAUUGGUUAGUCUGGUGAUGUGAAGCAUGGGGUGAUGGGUUCCCCACAUCUCCCGACAGGCACCUCCAGAUUCACCGUGAUCUGUGGAGAUUCUGGCAACCUGUAUUAUAAGGUAGAUAGUGGCAUACUUGACAACUAGGGUUUACAAACCAUUUUCUGAUUAUGCCCUUUUGUCAUCCUGACGAGAUCCUGGAAUCAAUCCACCAUUGGUUUUUGAAGUCAAAAAUAAUGGUAUUUGUCAAAGGACACAAUAGACAUAGAUGGCUUCUGGAUGGUGAACCAAUAGAGCAAGUUUGCACUUUUAUGUAUCUAUGAGUUGUUUUUUCUGAGACCUGUUUCUGGCUCCUACACCAUCAAAGGAGCUCAGUCAGAGCAAGAGACAUGCAAAUCUGCUGCUUAAAUUAACAAAUCAUGUACAACCAGGAUCUUUAGACCCACUUCUUAAAGUAUAUAAGGCUAAGGUUACCCCUCUGCUCUUAUACAGAGCUGAAGCUUGGGGCCUAAACCAGGUACCAUUAUUAAAACAAUCUCAAUCACAGCAUCUGUGAAGCUUUCUGGGAGUUGACAAAAGGACCCCAGUAAGAGCAGAAUUGGGAGUAUAUACAGUUGAUGGCCUAUCCAAAAUUAGGGCAUACAACUACUGGGUAAAACUGAAUGCUAUGGCAAAUGACAGACUACCAAAACUGUGCCUGUUAGACAAAAAAUCAAUAUCAGACCUGUUGGCUAGUUCAAUUCACAAAAUACAUUAGGAGUUGUUGACUUCCAAUUCUAUAUCCAAAUCUCCUAGAAGAACUAGAUCCAAAGAUUGUUGCUCAGUGAAUACUGGAUAUAGAAGCUCUGAAAGAUAUUACUACCCUCAGUAAAGCCGACUCAUUGAAAUGGCUAAGUCGUUUUAAACAUGCUUUUCAAACAGCUUGGUAUCUAAAGACAUAAAAUCCUAAACAACUGGACACAAUGGUCAGACGUGGAAGGUUUAACCAAGUCCCAUAAAAUGAACGAAUUUGUAUCAGUGGAGCAGCAGAGGUAGAAAAUAUCACACAUGAACUGUUUAGCUGUAACUUGCAUAAGAAAGAGAGAGGCCAAUACCUCAGACCAUACGUUAUACAAAAUACACACUGGGAUCCUUAUAUAAAAACUACAUUUUUAUUGUGUUUCAUUGUGUUUAUUGUGUUUUUAUUGGGCAGCCAGAAUGCUAAAAUAACAUGCAAAAUGGCCCUUUUUCUAUAUAAAGCAACUCAGUUGAGAACUGAAUAAUUGGAGAAUAAUAAUAAUAAUAAUAAUAAUAAUAAUAAUAAUAAUAAUAAUAAUCCCCCUGCAGGUGCCACCUUGAUAUGGUGGGGGGGCUUAACUGCUCCAAUGAUGACUCAGUGUAACUACCGGCAGGUCCAACCAAGCCAGAGAGGCCUCAACUGAGGAGCAGAACUAAAAGCACCUAAACCAUUAGCAUUAUGGAGAAUCAAACCAAAAUGAGGUCUAUACUGGCUCGGUCGUUGCCCAGGAUAAAAAGGACUGUGGUGGAUGCUGCUGAUUCUGGACAUCCAUCGACAAGUGAGCUACGGAAUCAAAAUACAAAUGAACAGUCACAGAAGCGGCAAAAAUAUACAAUGCCAGAAAACCACUCAGUUAUGAAAUGCUACUAGAAAUCUGAACCUCAAAGGCGUGGCUACCAAAAAAGGAUGCAUCAACUGUGGAAACAAGAGUACCCUGACUCACAGAUAACAGAUAACUGGCUGACCAACGAAGAUUCAUAAUCAGAAACAAAGUGUUCAGUGAAGUUGAACUCAAAGAAAUCCAGAAAAUUUGCAAAGUGAAUCAGACCACAGCACAGACAGCAGCAGAGACUCCAGCAACACUUGGAAUGGUGGAACAGAUUGAACCAGAAGAAAGUGUGGAACUUUUGCAAGAAUUUGAAGAACCAGCACUUGAAACAUCUGUUGAGCCACCGGGAACCUUGACAGCAAGACAACAAGAGCUCAAGGAUAAGAUCAUGGCUCAUGCUACAGCAAAUGCAGUAAGAAAGCGGCUCCCAACUCUAAAAACAUCAAUUGAACAAACAAACCAGUAUGCCUACAGUGCAGCAGUGAUAGUAACAGAAGAGCUUGUGCUCCUACAACCAAGGCAGCCCCAAAGAAAAUUGACUGGAAAACCAAAGUGGAAGGUCAGGCUAGAGUUGAAAAUCAAAAAGCAUAGAUCAGAUGCAAGUAACCUGAAAAAUAUGAAAGAGAAAAAACUGAAGAAUGACAAAAUCAAGCAAUACCUGAUCCGAAAGUACUGGCCGAACACCAGAAAAAUUGAAAAAGCUUUGGAAAUCGUGAAAGAACAAAUUACAGCAGCAGCCAGAAAAAUUGAAAGGUAUGAAGCCAGAAUCAUCCAGUACAGACAAAAUCAACUGUUUCAAUCAAACCAAAGAUGGUUCCAACAACCAAACAACAAACACAGUAAUCAUAAAGCCAAAGAAAACUGCAACAACGAAGUUCUGGAAAGAACUUUGGGAAAAUAAUAAGAACUACAACAAAAAUGCUGGGUGGAUAAAGGAGUUUGAAGGAAAAUUCUCACAGAACAAAAUGGAAUAGAUGGAAAUAACAACUGAAAUGAUCAGCAAAUGAGUGCAAAAAGUCAAUAACUGGACAUUGCCUGGUAGUAAUCAACUUCAUGGAUUUUGGCUCAAACAUCUGAUUAGUUUACAUGGAAAAAUGGCCCAACAAUUCAAUGAGAUGUUGCAGAAAGGAAGUAUCAGUGAAUGGCUAACAACUGGAAGUACUUACCUGAUACAAAAGGAUCCAGCAAAAGGAGCAGCACCAGGAAACUACAGGCCAAUAACGUUUGUUUAAUGUUUAAACUACUGACUGGCAUCAGCUGACAAAGUUCAAGAUUAUCUUGAAGAAGAAAAAAUCUUGCCAGAUGAACAGAAAGGCAACAAACGGAAAAGCAGGGGCACAAAAGAACAGUUAUUGAUUGACAAAAUGAUUCUGGAGAACUGUAAGAGCCAAAAAGCUAAUCUUCACAUGACGUGGAUUGACUACAAAAAGGCCUUUGACUCACUCACACACAGCUGGAUUAUCAAGUGCCUGGACGCCAUCGGGAUUUGUAAAACGUUGGCACCUUCAUUGAAAACAUGAUAGAGCACUGGAAAACUGAACUGUUUGUUGGAAAUGAAAGCUAUGGACUUGUCAACAUCAGAAGAGGAAUUUUCCAGGGAGAUUCAUUGUCCCCUCUGCUUUUCAUUAUUGCCAUGAUCCCUCUGUCAACAAUCUUACAAAAAACAAAUCUUGGCUAUCAAACAUCUAAGAAAUCUCACAAAAUUUCGUAUCUGAUGUACAUGGAUGACCUGAAGCUGUAUGGGAAAACGGAAACUGAAAUCCAGUCUCUGACUAACACUGUCCAAAUUUUUAGCACUGAUAUCAGCAUGGAGUUUGGUUUGGACAAAUGUUCAACAGUGGCAUUGAAGAAAGGAAAAAUCAUUAAAAGUGAGGGCAUAAAUAUGUCUAAUGGCCAAACAAUAAAGUGUCACCAGCCAGAGGCCUAUAAAUAUCUAGGCAUACUACAGCUGGACAACAUUAAGCAUGAACAUGUGAAAACUGUGGUCAGCAAAGAAUACACACAAAGGGUCAGAAAAAUUCUCAAAAGCAAGCUCAAUGGAGGCAACCCCAUUAAGGCCAUAAACACCUGGGCCAUACCUGUCAUAAGAUAUACUGCUGGCAUUAUAAAUUGGACACAGGCGGAACUGGACAAUUUGGACAGAAAAACAAGAAAACUCAUGACCAUUCAUCAUUCACUGCACCCUCGCAGUGAUGUUGACCGGCUAUACCUGCCUAGAAGAUCAGAGGGCAGAGGACACUUACAAGUAAAACAAGCAGUCAAAGAAGAAGAACAUGCAGAAUAUGUAAAGCAAAGUGAAGAACCUGCUUUGAUUGAAGUCAAAAAUCAGAAACUCCUCAAAGUAAAGCAGACAAAAAAUCAGUACAAGAAAACCGCACUUCAAACUAGAGCUGACAGCUGGCACAACAAAACAUUGCAUGGAAAGUUCCUUGACAAAAUUGAAGGAAAAGCUGCUAAGGAGAAGACCUGGCUCUGGCUCACAAAUGGGACCCUGAAGAAGAAGACAGAAGGCCUAAUCCUUGCAGCCCAGGAGCAAGCCAUCAGAACAAAUGCAAUUAAGGCCAAGAUCAAAAAAUCAGCUGAUGACCCAAAAUGCAGACUGUGCAAGGAAACCGACAAAACCAUUGAUCAUAUCCUCAGCUGCUGUAAGAAAAUCGCACAGACAGACUACAAACAGAGGCACAACCAUGUGGCCCAAAUGAUUCAUUGGAACUUAUGUCUGAAGUACCACCUGCCAGCAGUAAAGAACUGGUGGGAUCACAAACCUGCAAAAGUAUUGGAAAAUGAGCACGCAAAGAUACUGUGGAACUUUCGAAUCCAGACUGACAAAGUUCUGGAACACAACACACCAGACAUCACAGUUGUGGAAAAGAAAAAGGUUUGGAUCAUUGAUGUCGCCAUCCCAGGUGACAGUAGCAUUGACGAAAAACAACAGGAAAAACUCAGCCGCUAUCAGGACCUCAAGAUUGAACUUCAAAGACUCUGGCAGAAACCAGUGCAGGUGAUUGGCACAUUGGGUGCCGUGCCAAAAAGAUCUCAGCCGGCAUUUGGAAACAAUAGACAUUGACAAAAUCACGAUCUACCAACUGCAAAAGGCCACCCUACUGGGAUCUGCACUCAUCAUCCGAAAAUACAUCACAAAGUCCUUACACUUGGGAAGUGUUCGACUUGUGAUUUUGUGAUACGAAAUCCAGCAUAUCUAUCUUGUUUGCUGUGUCAUAAUAAAAUAAUAAUAAUAAUAAUAAUAAUAAUAAUAAUAAUAAUAAUAAAGAAACCAUGCAACAAAUAAAACAUAAUAAAAAGUAAUAAACAUGAAACAAGAACAUACAAUUCAAAACAACCACAAAAAUUUAAAAAAAUAGUUACAAAUGCUUUGUCAGCGGGGCCAGAUAUAAUGAGCAGAACUUCAGAGUGGGCAAGACCAACUAUAAAGUGCUAGGCAAAACAAGUGCAACAGAAUAUCAUAGAACUGGGAAGUGGGUAAAGUGCCGGGUGGGGUCCUAGUCAACAACCCGGGGGGUGGGGGGUUAGGACUAAUCUUGCUCAAAAAUCUGCAGGAACCACCAAGUUUUCAGAUCCUUGCAGAAAGAGGAUAGUGUAGGGGCUAAUCUGAUCUCUCUAGGAAGGGUGUUCCAGAGUUGGGGAGCCACCACCGAGAAGGCCCUCUCCCUCGUCCCCACCAGCCGCACUUGUGACAGUGGCAGGAGUGAGAGGAGGGCCUCCCCAGCAGAUCUCAGUGCCUGCACUGGUUUGUAAAGGGAGAUAUGAUUACAAAGACAGGGAGGGCCCAAGUCGCAAAUUGGAGUAAAUUGUAGGAGUGAUGAAGAUAUUUGAACUGGAUCAGGAUCUUGACCCCUUGUUAAUUUAACUUUGAUUGUAAUGUGGGUUGUAUGCUGUAUGUGUAUGUGUUAAAUGUGUUUGUUAAAUGUUUUGAUAUGGCCGAUGGGCUAAACAAUAAGACGUAUGUGUGCACCAUAGGUUUUGAAACUAAACCACGUCCUCAAUUUUUAAUCAAAUAUGCCAUGUUUCAUUGCUCACUGUUGAGUCAUCCAUUGGUACCUGAGAGACAGAGUUGAAGCAUUUCUCUAGAAAACAAAUCCAUCAGAUCCCCCCCCCCCCCCGAAAACACACACACCUAAAUUCUGUUGGAUUAAAAAAAAAGAUUGAGACUGUCUACUUAAAAAGACUAGAAACUCUAGUAAGAUAUCUAGGUGUCUGAUAUGAAAAGAAAAGGGUGGGUAGAAGCUGUAAUCACUUUGGUAUGUUAUGCACCAAUUGUUUACAAUUGUUCACCAAUUGUUUACAAUCAUGUGUAAUUUUAUGAAGCAUUCGGUCAGUCAUUUUUUCUGAAUGUGUUCUAAUUUUCAGCAAGGUUAGCAAGGAAUUUCUUUGGUAAUCUUUUCAAGAAAGAUAAUUUGGUUCUUAUUUUGUUAGUCAUGUCAUGUUCAAGACUCUAGUUUUCUACUCACAGAAUGAUGGAGAACAAACUAUGUUUCAUAAAAACCUGAGUGCAUACGCUCAGCCAAUGCUCAGACAGUAGUUUUUCAAACAUCUUAGAAAAAGAGGGUGAACACAGCUGUAUUGUUUUUAAAAGCACUAUUGCCUAUGUGAACCCUGAUGAUCCUACAUCAAAACAAGUGAAUGAACAAACAGGGCAGAGCUUUGAAAAGUAACCUUCUGGGAUAGGUUACUACAUUUUUGAACUUCACAACCAGUAAAUAUAGCUUCUUAUGUUCUUCUUAACUAACUAUAAUCAAAGAUCUAAUAAAACACAGGGCUUAAGUUCACACUGCUGCCUUUGUUAGAGAAGUGUUUGUGCACUGACUCUUCACUUUUGUUAAGAAUGCCAAAACCUUAUCAGCACGGAUAAUUAAAGGAAGUCAUCUUUUCUUACAAAUUGAUCCAUUUUUCCUCUCACUUUUCCCCUUCAGAGAUUUUUCCAGAUGGCAGUCAAAUGCAAAGCCCAUACUUUUCAAAUUCUGAAAGUUUGUACCAUUAGUCCAGAUUACUUCAAAUUGUUUUCCAAACGUCUUGAUAUUUUUGCAUAACAUUUGAGGCACAAAAUUCAAAGGAAACACAGUUUGGAGUUCUUUUUUUUCCAAUGUAAUCUGCAGAUUGCAGAUCUCGUUCUAACUCCCAAUGGAACUGAGUGCCCAUUUGCAUGAACCAAUUGAGGUAUAAUGGGGUGAAUGAACUCUAUGGCGUCCAUGUGAUGCACAGAGUCAAUUCAGCAUAUGGGUCCUCUUCUGAGUAGCCACCUCUAGCAUUAUGCUGCCCGAUUUUUCUGAAUGGUUGACUCUGUUGUUUAGUGAAAUAGCCUAUUGAAAAUGUUGUGAAUCCCAUGGCUCAGAAUAUUGGUUAUUAAGCAAUCCCAGCUUUUAUAGGUACCAAGCACAUAUUUAUCUGUUAACUGCAGUGAGAUUUUAGAUAGUGGUGCAGUAAGAGAUGAGAUUGCUGCAGUGCCCCAAGGGCCUCCCAAAUGGUGAUUCAGUGAGUGGCAGAAGAUAAUAAUAAUAAUUUUAUUUUUAUAUCCCACCUCUAUCUUCCCAAAGUAAUUCAGGGAGGCUUAUAUGGGGAACAAGCCCAAUCUAACAACAAUUAAAACCAACCAUAGAUUAAAACAUAACUCAAUAAAAUCAAUAACAUUACAAAAGACAAUAACAUAACAUAAAACAGUAUCGUCAGCUGUCCAGUUUUGUCCUUCAAGAACAGCCUUAACACACUGUGGUAAGUAAAUGAAAACUGCUUUACUUCAGCAAACAUAAAGUAUAGCACAUUCAAUGAAAUAAUGCAAAAAGAAACAAGGAAGUCAUAGGGCAAACACAGUCUCUUGGUAAACUCCCAACUCAAACAGUAGUCUUACUUCAGACAAAGAAACAGCAAUAAAUUCAGAUGCAGACUUGAAGCAGGCACAAAGAGGGUGAAGUGAAGGCAUUAGAGUCAAGUUUUUACCAGCAAGAGCUGGCUGCAUCUGCUUCUGCUUUAUAGCUCUGAGUCCCCUCACAGCUGCUAGGGCCGUUCCUAAUUACUCAGCUGCAUUUCUGGCAGCUAAUCUAGCUGAACGACGUCUCUGCUCUGUUUCCUUUCACCUCUCCUGGAAUGAGGGCAAAGUUUCCUCCUCCGAUUCCAACUCACCCUCAGAUUCAUGAAAACUUUCCUGCUCCCCUUCCUCUUCUGAAGAAGAGGAAUCCCUAACAUCAACCAACAAUUCAUCCCGUAAUGAGUACUAAAAUACGAGGGGCAGGGGCUUGUGCAAUAUACUUCUAGAAUAGGACUGGAGGACAAAAUGAAUAAUAAUAAUAAAUUAGAACUGAAAGAGCAAUGUCAUUUAAUGCUAAACAUCCAGGACGAAGGACAGGGAUAAAGUGCGAGGACUGAUGGUAGUUAUAGUUGGGGCCGAAUUUCCUAUGGCUGUUUUAUCAAAAGCACAAGAUGAGAACCCGGAGUGAUACACCUGAAUCAGCACAGGCAUACUCGAGUCCACCAGGAUGUGUGUAGAUUGCUUCAGCAUCCUUUUUACUAAUUUUGGUGUUCCCUGUUGUCAAUUUCUGCAUCUGUAAAGUCUCUUUGGCAUGUAGUUGUACUUUUUUGCCAUGGUGCAAAAUUCAGUUCACAGUGGUAUAAGUGGAAUUCUGAAAAUAUAAAUGUUUUAAAUACAGUUGUACAUUCUUGGAUGAUGUAAAGCUAUUCCUCAGUGCCUUCAGGAAACUAUUUGAUUUAGUUGUUGUUUGUUACCUGCUUCUCAUCACAGUUCAAGAUGGAGUACAACACAAUUAAAACACUGAGAUAGAAAAACAUUACCUUAAAAUACAUAUAUUAAAACACAUAGUACAAAGAUUCAAAUGUAGAGUACUAAUAGAAUGUAAGUUUAAAAAUUAUAGUUUAAAAACUGGCUGGUUAGGCCUACUGGAAGAGAUCAUUGCCUUUAAUGGUGUCUUAAAUUUAGACAGCUAACUUGUAUUCCUUCUGGGGGGUCAUUCCAAAAUGUAGGGGCAACUGAUGAAAAGGUCCACUUGGUUCUUAAAGGAUCUAAGUGCAUGGGGCAUAUUAUAUUUGGUUCAGGUAACCUGAACCCAAAACAUGCAGGGCUUUAAAGGUCACAACCAACACUUUAUGUUUUGCCCAGAAACUAACUGCCAGCCAGUGGAGUGAUUUCAGAAUACGUGUAAUACACUCACUCAAAGAUGUUACUGUGACGAAUCUGGCUGCAAUGUUUUUAAUUAACUGGAGUAUCUAAACGUGGUACAUAUGUAGCCCAAUGUACAGCACAUUGCAGAAGUCCAACCUUGAGGUUACCAGCAAAUCCACAACCAUAUCAGACAAAACUGGUAAGUACUCCUGACGGCUGGAUUCAUUUGGGUGGACAUUUCAAAAGAUGGAUCAAGGAGCAUUCCCAAAAUGUGAACAGACUUUUGAGGGAAGAUUAACCCAAUCCAGAACUGGUUGACACACCUACAACCCUUAAUGGCAAGUCUUAUCUGGAUUCAGUUUCAAUGUCAUCAGCAUAUUGAUAGCUUCUCGCCCUACACCUCCAGAUGAUCUAACCCAGCAGUUUCACGUAAAUGUUAGAAAACAUUGGGGAUUGAAUGGAUCCUUGAGGGAUACCACAUAACAGCUCCUUUUUUGAGGAGCAAAGCACCUCAAGCACCACCAUCUGGAGCCCGCCUAAGAGGUGUGAUGGAAACCACUGCCACCACCUUCUAUAAGAAUACCAUGGUUCAUGGUAUCAAGCACUGUUGAGAAAUUUAAAAUCAUCAACAGGGUGACCAGAACAGUUUCAACUCUGUAUCCUGCUCUAAAGCUAGUUUGAAGUGUCAAGGAAGAGUGUGUUAUCCAAGGCUAUCUGGAGUAGGAGGGUACAGAGGACAUAGCCGAACUACGACGGGAGAGGCCAUUUGCUGCCACCAAAUAUAUUAUAUAUUUCUUUGCUGCCACCAAUUAUUAUUAUAUGUUUCUUUUUCCGCCACCAUUUAUAACAUAUAUCGGCCACCGCUCACCACAGCCAGCACACAGAGAGAUCCAAAGAUGAGGGGAAACUCUGUCUUAUAGAGUAAUGGUUAAUUAAGCAGACAGGCCACCUCUUUAUUAUGUUGAGCAGGAAAACACACAAACAUUUGAGAUGAAGUAAAACAGAAAUAUGUUUAUUUGUACUUGAACAGAAAGGUUGCAUAUUGGUUUCAAUGAAAUAACAGGCUGGUUACUUAAACAGACAAUGGUAUUUUAACUUGAGUUCCUUAGAAAUAUGUUCCCUCAUAAAGGAAUAUAAACAGGUGUCAUGGAACCCAGUUACAGGGCUUUGGUAAUUCAGCUCUGUAACUGGGAGUCAUAACAUAAACAAUCCCAGAAGCACCUGGCAGAAGAAGAUAGAAUACGCCUGGGAACUUGGGGCCGAAAGUAUAAACAAACAUAAUUGGUUUAGUGUGUGAAAAUGGUAGUAAUGUGAUAUUGGAGGUGGGGCUUGAUGAUGAUAUUUACGUGUGGUGUUACGUAGCAUCAAAAGUUAUAAAAAUAGUUGUAUGUAAACAUUGAGUCAUUCCUGACUUUUCCAAAGUCAUGUGUUCUUCAAUAAAGAUUGGAUUUGAGAGCAGUUAUCUCUAA